GCGGUGUGAAGCUGCAGCUGCUCUGCGAUCCUCCAUCAACCCGAGAGAAGCAGCAGCCCUGGAGGCUGUUUGGAGCUGGAAUCCUUCAGCUGCUUCCAGCAGCAACAAUGAGUUCACUCCAGGCUCUGAGAGAGUUUAUCAGCGGCAGACUGACUGCUGCUGCGGGACAAAUCUUCACCGACUUCCAACAAACUCUGCUCCAGUACGAGGAGGACAGACUGCUGGAGACCGAGUCCCGCACGGCAGACGUCCAUCAGCAGAAUGUCUGUAAGGAGGAGCAGCUCUGUGAGCAGGAGACCAACUCCAGGCUGAUCCAGGAGCAUCAGGACCCUCCAGCCAUCAAAGAGGAACCAGAGCCGCUUGAGAUUGAAGAACCGGACAUUCCACAGAUUAAAGACGAACUGGAGCUCCCUGAGCACCAUCAGGAGGGAGCAGAGCCUCCGUGGAUCCACCAGGACCUGGAGGAAGCAGACAGUGAGAGGUUCUGUCCCAGCUCAGUCAGACAGUCCAUCAGCCAGAGACUCACUGCUGCGGCUGAAGACAUCGCCGCCAUGUUGGAACAAACCUUCUGUCAGUUCCAGAAGAAGAUCCCUCCUCAGAGCGGACCGCUGGACGCCACUGUCAGUCCUCAUGUGAAGCUAGAGAAGACAGGCCUUCAUGAAAUGACCUGCGAUGAAGAGGAGGAGGAGGAGCAGAGGAACCUGGAAUCUGGCUGCCGGGAAGAGGAACUGUGCAGCAGUCCGGACGGGAGACCGUUUUCUCCGACACGCCACACAGAUUCAUUCACUGAGGCUUCCAGUGAAGGUGGCGCGUCGGAUGAAGAGCAGCUGGUGGACCUCCGGUCAGCGGCGGGGGAGGGGCAGGACCGGGUCCGGUGUGGAGGCCCUGGAACCAGACCGAGCAGGAAGAGGAGUCACGGCGCAGACGAGGACCGGCGCCGCCUGGCGGAGGAGCCGCGUCCCUUCAUGGCUCCUCACUUGUGGACUCGCUCGGGUGAGAAGCUGUUUCCGUGUCAAAUGUGUGAAAAAAGCUUCACCAGCAACAGUGGCUUGCUGCGCCACGUGAGAACUCACACGGGCGAGAAGCCAUUUCCCUGUGAAAUAUGCCACAAAAGUUUCAGCCAGCAGAGCCAUAUGUUGACCCACAUGAGAAUCCACUCCGGUGUGAGGCCGUACUCCUGCGAGUUGUGUGGUAAGAGCUACAUGAGGAACACGUCGCUGUCGUACCACGUUAGAACUCACACAGGUGAGGAUCUGCACUCCUGUCAGACCUGCGGGAAGCGGUUCACUCUGCGGAGCAGGUUGCUGGUCCACAGCAGAACUCACACGAAGACCAACUUGGCGGUCCGCAUUAAGACUCGCGCAGAUGAGAGGCCUUUGAUCUGCAGCAGCUGCGGCAGACGAUUCCUCACCUCCUCAGACCUGAACAGACACGUGAGCUCGUCUCACCGGCAGCGCCGGCCCUGCUUCUGCAAGGUCUGCGGGAAGCACUUCAAGCACCGCGUGGCCCUGUGCGGCCACAUGAGGAUUCACAAGCUGGAGAAGUCUCACACGUGCGCCGCCUGUGGGGAAAGCUUCAGCUCCGACUUCGUCUUUUCGCAACACAUGAGAAGCCACGCGGGUGAGAAUCCCUUCUCCUGCGAGACGUGCGGGAAAGUUUUCAGGUACAAGAGCGCUCUGCUGCGCCACAUGCGAAUCCACACGGGCGAGAAGCCGUUCUCCUGCGAGCGGUGUGGCAGGGCCUUCACCCAGCAGAGCCACCUGCUGUACCACAUGAGGUCUCACACGGGCGGGAAGCCGUACGCCUGCCAGGCCUGCGGGAAGGGCUUCAUUUACAAGUUUCUUUUGCGGGACCACAUGGGAACCCACACGGGCGAGAAUCCCUUCUCCUGUGAAACGUGCGGCAAAGGCUUCAGGUACCGGAGCGCUCUGCUGCGCCACAUGCGGAUCCACACCGGCGAGAAGCCGUUCUCGUGUGAGCGGUGCGGGAAGAGCUUCACUCAGCAGGGUCACCUGCUGUCGCACAUGCGGUCUCACACAGGCGGGAAGCCGUACGCCUGCGGCACCUGCGGGAAGACUUUUGUUUACAAGUUCACCUUGAGGGAUCACAUGGAAACGCACGCAGGUGAGAACACCCGUCUCCCUGAGGAACGGGUUCGUACGGGAAGUCGCAGAUGAGAAGCCACACUUUUCACUUUCUCUGAAGUUCUUGUGAAACCUGGAGGAUCAGAAGUUUAUCCUCAUCAGAACUCAAGUUGUGCGAAGUACUUGAAACUUUGUGAGGUUCAGGAAGUCAUAACUCAAAAGUUAAGUGACAUUUCAGAGUGGAACAGCUCGAACAUGCGGGAGGUGUGACUGAUAUUUGCAAUAAACCAGUACGGAAACACUUCCUGACUCACUUGUGGUAAGACGUGACGUGAAUUAGCCAAUCAAUGAUGACUUCUCAUUUAAAAGCCACCUGUUUUUUUUGAUUGCUUAGAAAAGAAUCAGUGAGGCGAACAAGACAAAACGGCACACUGGAGAAACCUUCACCUGCGAAGAACUAACAGUGUAAGGAUUCCAGAAACUGAAAGGUGUUCAGCGUCGAAGAGGGUAACUUUACAUUCUGGGGUGGGAAGAAUGAGGAACUGGACUUUGAAACAUUAAUACUUUAUUGAAUGAAAAGAUAUUUAAGACAGGAAAAAAAACGUUAAAAAGAGGAAACAAACUUUUAAAACCACUGGGAAUCCUCAGUUCUUGCAGCGAAGCGGCAGUUUGGAUCUUGGACUUUGUUCAGGGGCGAGGAUCUUGCCGUCUUUCUUCGCGCCUUUUUUCUUCUGGAACAGAGAGCCCAUUAUGUUGGUCGGUCCUUCCUGUCCAGUAACCUGACAGUAGCGUCAGUCCCACGUAGGGUCAACAGACUCAAGAACAGUUUCUUCCCUCGAGCCAUUACCAUCUUGAACUGACAUGUUUUUUUGCGGGCGACGUGCAAUGAUAGAUUUCUAUUUGAAGUAUUUAUUAUUUUAUUUUGUACUAAGCGCUACUCAUGCACUGCUGGAGAUGCUUGUAAUCUCACUGUACUUGUAUAAUGACAAAUAAAGCCAUUCAUUCAUUCA